AUGACACGACGAACAAACAGCCGGGAGAAAGCAAGCGGGGGCACAGGACGGCGUGGCACGGGGCACUGCGGGCUCGCGGCACGCACGCCUCGACGCCGACCCCGCAGCCCGCUGGGCCGCUUCCCGCCCCCGGGGCGCUGCCGAGACGCCUCGCCGCCGGCAGCUCUCGCACCUACCGCUCCCUCAGGAGCGCCGGCUCCCGCGGGUAACGGCGCGGACGCGAAGGAGGCGCCACGCGAGCGCCCGUCCCGCGCGGCCCGGCCCCGUCAGCGGGCAGCGCGGGGCCGGAUGCGGUUCCCAUGGCGACGAGGAGCCGUCCCCCCGCCCGCCGCCCCGCGCUCACCGGCAGCUCGGAGCGCCGCCGGCGCCACAUCCCGCCGGUACCGCACGUCACGCAGCGCGCCGCCUGGCGCGGGGGUUGCACGUCGCCGCCCGGUUUCCACGGCAGCGGGCGGUAACGGAAGCCGCGGAAUGGAGGGCGGGCGGGCCCCGCUGUGGGAGGCGCGGCUGGCGGAAGCCGAAGCGGGCCGGACCGAGUACCGCGAGGCUGCUCUGCUGCUGGCCCGGCGCAACGCGGAGCUGCUGCAGCGGCAGCGGCACUCGGAGAGGGAGGCGGCGGCCGUGCUGGCGCUCCUCGGGGAGCAGGGCCGGGAGAGGGCGGCGGAGGUGCGAGCCGGGCUGCCGGGUGGGCGCCUUAGCGCCGCUCCGACCGCUCCGAGUCCGAGUACCGAGGGAAGCGGCAUCUCCGAAACGAGCUGGAACUACGUAGCUCGCUCCGAAACCACUGCCAUUACCUAUGCACUUUCGCCAGCCAAGAACAAGGGCCUGCGUGCCACGCUCCUAAACAUCUGUACCAGCGGAGGUGAUGUGCUGUUGCCACUGCUGAAAGGCACCACCCGCACCUUGCCGUGCUUGCAUCCACCGACUGAGAAACUGAAGAAGGAGCUAAUUGAUUUGAAACAGCGAACACAAGAAGAGAACAGGAAACUGGAAGACUAUUAUACCCAACAAAUAAAAGAACUGGAAGAGAAAUUUCAGAAAAAAGUUGGAGAAAUCAGCCAAAUUCAAGUAGAAUUGAAUUUAAUAAAGGAAUUGCGCAGGGAGAAAGCAGCUAUGGAGGAAGAGCUGGAAGAUCUAAAGAAGAAUAUCAAGAUCGCAAACAGGAGACAUCAGGAAGAGGUUGUGCGACUGGAGAGGAGGUUUCUUGAAGAGAAGAAAAGACUAGAAGAAGAUGCUGAGAAGAAGAUAAUGAUGACAAGAGAGGCUGCUCGACACGAAGCUGUUUUGCAGCUGAACAGCGUUGAGAGACAAGUUUUUAAAGAGAACAUUCAUCUUCAUGGUGCUUCAUCUUCUCACCUGAAGGAGGCAACGGAGUUGCAGAAAAUGAAACAGAAGUUAGAGGAGGAUAAAAUUCUUCUGUCACAGGAAAAGGAAAUCACUGAAAGUUUGAUGAGAAAAAAGAUCCUACAGAUCAACAAGCAGAAAGCACAGAUAGGGGAUCUGCAACAUAAAGUGGAAAAACUGGAGAUGGCCUUAUGUCACAAGACUAAGGAAUUUGAGACAAAGACUCAAAAAACACAGCAUCAGGCACUGAUAGAAAACCAGGCUAGCAUGGUCGAGAUCAAGAAACUGCAGCACCUGCUAGAAAUGAAGGAUCAGGAGAUGAACCGAGUGAAGAAACUAGCUCGGAAUAUCUUAAAUGAGAGGACUGAAGUGGAAAGGUUCUUCCUGGAUGCUCUGGAACAUGUGAAGAGGGAGAUCAUAGCCAGUAGAAAACACUAUAAGGAAAUGGCCCAGGCUGUUUAUUACAGGAAAAUGAUGGAGGCGUGUGCAGGGAAGGAAGAGUUUCCCAAAAUCAAGACAUUUAAUAGCAACGUGAACAGCACAAAUAGUGUGUACAGAGACCUAGAAGAAGCAGAGAAAUGCUACUGGGAAAAUACCCAGUUUAAAAAAGUAGAUAUCAGUGAGUUGACAUGGGAACAAAAAGAGCGUGUCCUGAGAUUACUUUUUGCCAAAAUGAAUGACACAAAUCUAUGGAAAUACAGGAGAGAUCUGGCUACUUCAACUCCAACUCCUGCUGAUGGUAACAAAGAAAGUACAGCUGGCACAGAAAAUAUUUCUUCCAACCAGAUAUUCAUUACACAGCAGGCUGAAUUAUGAGUUGUCAUCUUGUGCAGUAAUCCUUCCAUGUACUCAGAUGUUAACACUACGGGUAGAGGAAGGCAGCGGUACGCAUGGCAUCAACAGGAACAACUUCCACAGCACUUACAGACUCAUCUGCAAUUUUCACUUUGCGAGUUACCUUGUGAGCAAAGCUGCAAUUCUACAUCUUACCUGCUGAAUGCAGCACUGGGGUGGUAACUUGAUUAAAGAUGUAUUUUCAGUUUGCAAUAAAGUCAAGUGUAUGGGGCUUAA